GUAAAAGUUUCUACAGCGCCACCGCGACAGCAGAUUUUCAAACGCUUCUUCUUCUUGUGUCCUUCUCGAGAAGCUGUCGAACUUUUUUCCUUCUGAUCAACUCAUCAUACACUGAGUGGUUGGUUGCGUUCAUUUGCGCCUCAUUCAAGAUUCCUCUACUCCCUCUUUGUAAUAUCACCACUCUUGUACUAGUCUUUUUUUUAUUUUCGUUUUUAUCACUAUCGUCUGUAGACGAUCAACCAUUCGGUCCCUUGAUCGUUCGCUUGUACCGAUCACUUUUCUUGACAUUUGCCUAUCAUGUUCAGAUCCUCAGUCUCAAGACAGGCGCGUCUUGUGAGGAUACCACCGUCCCUUUCAGUCCCUUUGGCGGCGGUUUCAAAACAAUGCCGUCCGACUAUAGCAGCUGGGCUAUGGCGCCCUGCUAAGCCAUCGCUGCUACUCCAGACCUCUCGUCUCUUCACGAGCGGAGCUGAAGCGCAGCAGGAGCUCAGUGUGCAACCUGGGUCGACCAAAAUCACAAAGUUUUCAGACCUGGCAAAGGCAAAUAUCGACGAAAGCAUAAUAAAGGCUAUAACAGUUGACAUGCGCUACGAGGACAUGACGGACGUUCAGUCAAUGACCCUGGCGCCUGCGCUGAAGGGCAAGGACUUGGUUGCUCAAGCCAAAACGGGAACGGGCAAAACUCUUGCCUUUUUGAUUCCCGUUAUCCAGAAGAUUCUCGACGCCGAUCCUUCGCUAAAGGAAGUCAGCAGGGGACGUCCCCGCCGCUUUGCACAGCGCCAGAGCAUCAAGGCCAUCAUCAUCUCGCCUACCCGCGAACUUGCUGAGCAAAUUGGCAAGGAAGCCACCAGACUUUGCCAGCGCAACGGCGUCACGGUUCAGACUGCAGUGGGAGGCACUGGCAAGCGCGAGUCCCUUCGCAGGAUACACAUGGAAGGGUGCCAUCUGCUCGUUGGAACUCCAGGCCGCCUGAACGAUCUGCUGUCCGACGAGUUAUCUGGAAUAGAUGCAAGCAACGUCCAAGCAUUGGUCCUUGACGAAGCAGACCGAAUGCUUGAUGUUGGUUUUGAGAACGAGUUGAGGUCAAUCGUUGACAUGCUUCCAGACCGUCAGCAGGUCCCGCGCCAGACUCUUCUCUUCUCUGCAACCCUUCCUAAAAAUGUUGUCGGCCUGGCCCGUUGGUACGUCGACAAGCAAAACUUUGAAUUUGUUCAGACAGUGCGGGCAGAUGAGAUUCAAACUCACGAGAGGGUGCCUCAGUUCAUCGUACCAACCUCGUCAUUUGAAAAUCUCUUACCUGCUGCGCUUGAGCUUAUGUUGAGAGAGAUCAGGGCUGCGAAGAAUGACCCUUCUCAGCCACCUUUCAAGGCUAUUGUUUUCUUCCCGUUCACAAAUAUGGUUGCAAUGGCUGGGGAGCUGUUCCGAGAACUCGCCGUUCAGAUUCCGGACCUUCCAGAAGUUUUCCACAUUCACGCUCAGUUGUCCCAGAACCAAAGGACAAAGGCAGCAGAUUACUUCCGGAAGUCCAAAUCCGGUAUUCUGAUCAGCACGGAUGUGACUGCACGUGGCAUGGACUUUCCCAACGUGACACAUGUCAUCCAGGUAGGCUUGCCGCCUGACCAAGAGCAAUACAUCCACCGUCUGGGCAGGACAGCCCGUGCCGGCAAGGACGGACAGGGUUGGCUAUUUGUACCUCACUAUGACUUGCGCGAUGCUCGGUACAUGCUGGGCGAUCUCCCGAUCAAGCGCAACUCUGACAUCAAGGUGGCCGAGUUCCCUGUGCCCCCUCGUAGCCUCGAUGAGGCACCUGAGGCUUACCGAGAGGUUGCAAAAGCUUCCAGGGCCCUGCCCAAGGGCCUUCUUGCUGAGUCAUUCUAUGUCCAGUUUGGAAAAUCCUCCAAGCGCACAUUACCAACCUUGCUCAAGGAACUCACCAGCAUGACGAAGAACUUGUGGGGUUGGGACAAACCUCCCGCAUUCUCACCGGACAGGGCUGCUAAAUUGGGCCUCUACAAUGUGCCUGGUGUGAAUAUCGGCACUCCCAUGACAUAUUCUAUCGACGAACGUGGCGGCGGUGGCCGUGGGUUUGGCGGUGACCGUGGUGGUUUCGGAGGCGACCGCGGUGGCCGCGGGUUUGGCGGUGACCGUGACGGGUUCGGAGGUGGCCGUGGCUUCGGCGGUGACCGUGGUAGUUUCGGAGUCGACCGUGGGUUCGGCGGUGACCGUGGCGGCCGAGGUUUCGCAGGCGAUCGCGGUGGCCGUGGGUUUGGCGGUGACCGUGGUAGUUUCGGAGUCGACCGUGGGUUCGGCGGUGACCGUGGCGGCCGAGGUUUCGCAGGCGAUCGCGGUGGCCGUGGGUUUGGCGGUGACCGAGGCGGCCGUGUGUUUGGUGGUAACCGUGGUGACCGUGGCGGUUUUGGAGGCGACGGUCCUGGUGGUUCGAGCUUCUGAUCAACCGGGUAUCCGAUUUAGGACUUCGGGAAGGGUCGACAUGUAUAUAUGAUGGGCUUCUCAUUGUACCAUGAAGUGUAUAAAUAUUGUACUAUAAAAGCCGUGUAGGUUUCGUGUGGGGAAAAAAAGGCGCUAGCUAACCGGAGCAGUCGGAGCGGUCUUAUCGGUCAUUGCUUGUACCGAUGUCAUGUCGAGACCUGCAUGAUUUCUUUAUCUUUCUUCUUUGGCUGGAUUCGGACGGCAAGACACAUUUUUGUUGAAGGGAAGGUUGGCUGCAGCAAACCAUAUCACAGUCUCUCGGACAUCGCCACUAUUACCUUAUUGUCCUGUUUUCUUUUGUACAAUCUUGCACAUAUACUCUUUUGAUAAUAAUUUUGGCAAAGAAAAAAGUUUUUGCGGCAAACUAUCUAUAGUGGGAUUCUUUUCCCUGAUGACAAAUGAUGAACAAAUCUCGUCAGAGUAUUCCUA